CCUCUCAUACUCUUCAUUUUCCCGAAAGACACAUAUCAAAGGUGUACAAUACGCAUUUCCCUUCUAUUCUAUAUAAACCCCAUAAUGGCAACAAGCCUAACUACCUAGAAUCCUAGACACAACAUAGUUUCAUCUACUUGUCUUGCUCUUGUUCCAAAUAAUUAUUUUUUUUUGUUAUUGUUCCAAUUUUUUAUUUUUUUCAAUAUCAUCAAUCAAUGGCUUCUAGCUACCAAACUUCACCCAUGGCUUCCAACUACAAUAGUCACAAAAAAGUUCUUAGAAAUGGCACCAAAAUCAUUCACCAAACCCAAGUAGUAGUUGUUGUUGUUCCUUUCCCAGCACAAGGUCAUCUCAACCAACUUCUUCACUUUUCACGUCUUAUUUCAUUAUACAACAUACCAAUCCAUUUUGUUGGAACAACACAACAUAAUCGACAAGCAAUAGUUCGUGUACAAGGUUGGGACCCAAAAUCAAUUUCAAAAAACAUUCACAUUCAUGACUUCAAAGUUCCAACCUUUAUGUCUCCUCCUCCAAACCCAAAUGCAAAAUCAAAAUUUCCAUCUCAUCUUUUUCCAUCUUUUCAAGCUUCUACAAAUCUUCGUGAACAUGUUGCUACGCUUUUGCAAUCACUUUCAUCCGUAGCUAAAAGGGUUGUUGUCAUUUAUGACUCCCUUAUGGCUUCUUGUGUACAAGAUGCUAUUCAUAUUAAAAAUUGUGAAAGUUACACUUUUCAUAGUGUUUCUGCUUUUACCAUGUUUUUGUACUUUUGGGAUUUAAUGGGAAAGCCUCAAGUGAAAAAAUCCAAAAAUCUCAUUCCUGAAGUUCCUUCUUUAGAAGGUUGCUUCACAACCCAAUUCAUAAAUUUCAUAUCUUCACAAUAUGAGUUUCAUAAAUUUAGCAAUGGUGUAAUUUACAAUACAACAAGGGUAAUUGAAAAGCCUUAUAUUGAGUUAAUAGAAGGCAUGAUAGGUCACAAAACUCAUUGGGCUUUAGGCCCAUUUAACCCUUUAUGUAUUGAGAAAAAAACCAACAAUAAAAGUAGGCACUUUAGUUUGGAGUGGCUUGAUAAGCAAAAGGGUAAAUCAGUAAUUUACGUGUCUUUUGGGACUACAACAGCUUUAAAAGAGGAACAAAUCAUAGAGCUUGCAAAUGGGUUGGAGCAAAGUAAACAAAAAUUUAUUUGGGUAUUAAGAGAUGCUGAUAGAGGUGAUGUUUUCAAUGAGGAUGGUGUUAGAAGAAUUAUUGAGUUACCAAAGGGGUUUGAAGAGAGAGUUGAAAAUGAAGGUAUUGGGCUAAUUGUGAGAGAUUGGGCCCCACAAUUGGAAAUUUUAAGUCAUUCUUCAAUAGGGGGGUUUAUGAGUCAUUGUGGAUGGAAUUCUUGUAUGGAGAGUAUUACUAUGGGGGUGCCAAUAGCAGCAUGGCCUAUGCAUUCUGACCAACCAAGGAAUAGAGUUUUAGUGACGGAAGUGCUUAAGGUUGGUUUGAUUGUGAGGGAUUGGAAUCAUAGGGAUGAAUUGGUGAAAGCAUGUGUUGUGGAAAAUGUUGUGAGGAGAUUGAUGGCCACAAAAGAAGGUGAUGAAAUGAGACAAAAUGCAAUGAAUUUGAGAAAUGAAAUUCUUGAGUCAAUGGAUGAAGCUGGUGUUUCACGUAUAGAAUUGGAUUCUUUCAUUGCCCAUGUGACUAGAUAGAUAUAUAAUUUGACCAAUGUCUAUCAUAAGCUCAAUUAUGCAUUGUUAAAAAAUAUAUAAAAAAUGGUUUUGAUGAAGCAACUAUGAUUUUCUUAUAAUUAAAUAGUGUAUUGGUAGAA